AUUUUUAUAUAAUGUAUAUCCGAACACAUCUGAAGUCAUCAAAACAAGAAGUCAAGUCAACAUGUUCGAACUUGAAUUCGUCCAGUGUUGCUGUUCCGGCAAGAGAGUUUUGCAAAAUAUCGGAAUAUCAAAUAAUAUGCUUUAUUUUGUUGUUUGAGAAUAUAACAGUUGGCUCCGGCACGAAUCUUAACAAAAUGCCUCCCAAAAUCGACCACGGGACCCUUAUUAUACUGGACAUCGGGCAAAAUGUGUCAGAACCAGAAGAGAAGAAUAAAAAGAGUUUUUUCGAGGAGGCGCGAGAGUGCACAGCUCGUUUGAUCGAGAGGAAGAUCCUAAACCUGGGGAAAAACUUCAUGGGAGUAAUGCUGAUGGGCUCUUCGAAGACGAAGAACAACAUGGCGGCGCAGUGCGCAGGCGCAUUCCGCCACAUCGAGUUGCUCUCGGAACUACAGGCUCCCACUUGGCAAAUGAUCCGGGAUUUACCCGAAAAGCCAUCCAGCAAGAAGUCAGACUGGCUGGAGGCAAUCAUAGUGGCAGCUGAUCACUACAAGAAUGGAGUCUCCAAUGCAAAGAUCAUAAAUAAGAAGAUUAUAUUGAUGACAAAUUUCCAAGUGCCUACAGAACUAGCAGUUGAUGAUAUUGAGCAGGUGCUCUGUGGUUUGAAAGAAGACCAUUUUGAAGUAGAUGUUAUUGGUCCUGACAUCUAUGAAGAAACUCAAAAAAAUGAAGAUGCUGUACUAGCCAGAAAAAUUGUUGAAGCUACAAAUGGUGUCACGGCCCAUUUUGAUGACACUAUGAAUUAUCUUUUAUUCCACAGGAAGAAACAGGUCUUCCCUGUGCCAUGGAAUGUGGAUUUAACUAUUGGACCGAACAUAAAAAUUCCAGUUUCAUCAUUUGUUAGAACUAGAGAUGAACCUGUAGUCAAGAAUUGGAUAAGGACUGUAAAGGACCCUGUCACCUGCAAAACUAGCACUACCGAAAGCAUUAUGAAGGAAAAAGUUCACAUCAACACUGAGAACCAAACAGCUGUAGAAUCUUCUGAAGUCAUCAAAGGAUAUGUGUAUGGCGAAAAAAUCAUCCCUUUUUCAGAAUCAGAUAGGGCUAUGAUUUAUCAAUCUGGUGGAAAAAGUUUAUCAGUAUAUGGAUUCACUCAUAAGAGCAACAUAACCUGGCAAAACUUAUGUGGAGAUGGCCUAUCCUAUGUGUUUGGUAGAAAAGGCAAUAAGAAAGCCCAAGAAGCUAUAAGAUGCCUGGUGGAAUGCCUUCAUGAAUUGAAUAUGGUUGGGAUUGUGAGGAGAGUCUACAACAAAGGCAAUGCACCCAAAAUGUUUGUUCUCAUGCCAGUAAUUGAUUCAAAUAACUAUGUUUGUCUGUCAAUGACAGCAAUUGCUUUUAAAGAUGAAAUAAAAAUGAUGGCAUUUCCUCCUACCAAUCUGAAGAAGUAUGCAUGCACUGAUGAACAAGUGAAUGCUUUCAAAGAUCUUGUUAAAGCCAUGGACUUGACAAAUGCAUAUGAUGAAACUUAUGAUGAAGCUGAAGCUUUCCCUAUUGCUGAAACCGUUAGUCCCUCAGCACAGUAUAUCUUAGAUUGUAUAGCAUUCAGGGCAAUGAAUCCUGGAAAACCAUUGCCCCAGCCAAGAAACGAAAUAAUGAUGCUGUUUAAACAGCCUCCUUUGGUAGAGAAAAGAUCAAGAGAUGCUUUGGAAAAAGUAAAGACACUGUUCCCUUUGAAACCUGUGGAAGUAAAAACAAGAAAGCAAAUAAAUAAUGAUGGUACUUCAAUUGAUAAUAAUUUGCCCAUUAAAUAUGACCAAGCAGAUGAGCCAACAUCAAGUAAUCAACUAGGUGUUGGUAUGCCCAAAAUACAACUGCCCAAGAAAAAUGAUGAAGUCCAUAGAGUUGGCACAGCUGAUCCUAUUACUGAUUUCAAGGCACUCAAAGAUAAUGGCAAAACUCUUGCUGACUUAUCUCCUGAAAUGACAGAAGCUAUAGAAAACCUAGUGUACAUCAAUUUGGAUGGCAAGUACUCCAAAGCUUUGAACACUAUGAAGUUCUUUAGAACAGAGUGUGUAAAUUCUGACCCAUCAUUCUAUAAUAAUUGGAUGUUAAAAUUUAGAACAGCCCUGAAUGAUCGUAAAAAGCAUGAUGUAUUGGGUCUAAUAACAGAACAGAGGUUGAAUUUUAUUUUAAAGGAGGAAAAUAGUUUGAGUACUUAUGAUACUGAGAAUUCUCAUGAAGACAGCCAGCUGUAUGAGAAUGAUACUCUUCCCAACUCUACAGAGUUGACUAUCAGAUCGGAAGUUAAUGAUAUAUUUGAUGAAAUGUAAAUAUCAGCACAAAAGAACAUCAUGUUUUGUAUUGCACUGUUCAUUGUGAUUAAUUUUAUUGUUUGGUAGAUUCUUACAUGUGUAAAUGAGAAAAUAAGUUGAAACAUAUUAUAUUGUAAUAAAUUAUUUUUAAAUA